GGUAAACGUUUUUUUAACUAAUUACACAUGGAGUUGUUCUUUCUUUCUCUCCUUGGCAUCCUUUUCUUGUUGGUAUCGCUCUCCCUUCAUCUUCUCUGCUACAAUAAAAACUCAUCAGGCUUGCCCGGAACCGUACCUCCGGGCACGACGGGAUGGCCGUUCAUCGGAGCAACCCCCGAGUUUCUCUCAACUGGUUGGAAAGGUCACCCUGAGAAAUUCAUUUUCGACAGAAUGUCUAGGUACUCCUCUAGUGUCUUUAGAACUCACCUUUUGCUGGAAAAAUCAGCAGUCUUUUGUGGUGCUGCCGGCAACAAAUUCUUAUUUUCGAACGAAAACAAGCUCGUACAAGUAUGGUGGCCUGAUUCCAUCAACAAAAUUUUUCCAUCUUCGACAGAUCAUCAAAACAAGACUAGCAUAAAUGAACAAGGCAUUAAGGUGAGAAGAUUGCUUCCGAAUUUCUUCAAGCCAGAAGCUCUUCAAAGUUACGUUGGGAUCAUGGAUUCAAUUGCUCAACGUCAUUUCGAGUCAUUCUGGGAAAACAAGCGCCAAGUGCAAGUUUACCCUCUUGCCAAAAGCUACACUUUCUGGUUGGCUUGUAGAUUAUUUGUGAGCAUUGAAGAUCCUGAGCAAGUUGCUAAAUUUGCGAAACCCUUUGACGUUUUAGCUGCUGGAUUGAUUUCUAUCCCUAUUGACUUGCCAGGAACAUCGUAUAACCGUUCGAUCAAAGCCUCAAACUUUAUAAGAAAGGAGCUUUUGGGGAUCAUAGAGCAAAGGAAGGUAGAUUUGGCGGAGGGAAAAGCAUCAGCAACACAAGAUAUAUUGCCACACAUGCUAUUGACAAGUGAUGAAAAUGGGAAAUUCAUGCCUGAUUUUGAAAUAGCAGCUAAGAUAUUAGGACUGUUGAUUGGUGGACACGACACUGCUAGCUCUGCCUGCACUUCCAUUGUUAAGUACCUUGCUGAGCUUCCUCACGUUUAUGAAGCUGUCUAUAAUGGUAAGUGUGCAUUCACUUAA